AUGAAUGCUAUAAUGGAUUUCAUAAGAGACAGUCAAGGUGAUCCACUUACUAGAGAUCAUCUCACUAUAUGCUUAGACCUUCAUAACAUCAAGCAUCAAUACAACAUCAGUUGCAUGCAGAACAAUGCAAACAGAGUCCUAUUUUGGGUGGAAGAGAUGAAAAGAGAAAAUUAUAACCCUGCUUUCUGUUUUAGGAGACUGGGGGAGAAGUCAACUCACACCGGUCUCGAAUUGAACGAUUUCAUUUUGGGAAUUCAGACAGAAUUUCAACGCGACAUGUUUGUGCAAUACGCUAACAAACUUGUGUGUGUAGAUGCCACCCAUGCUACA